CGACCUCAACUGGGCUGUACCAGCUGAUUAUGUAAUGCCGUACACGCCCUUUCCACCACUAGUGCUGUCAACUUGCGAACAGAACAGCAGCAUGUCCCUCGUUCAAGGCUACUACUCGUCAGACGAGGAUGUCGCUGUUACUAACGAUGCAUUCGGCAUUUCAAGUCUGCCACUCGCAGACAAAGCCCGUGCGGACGAGGCUGAGCAGAAGAUAGUCGCCGAUGCCGCACCUCACGUCCUGGCAGAGGAUCCUCUCCACCAGACCUCGCUCGUCACACGACCAACGGACACCCAGAUGAAUGUCAACAUCCCCUACGCCGACAUGAUCAUGCCCCUUCAAGGCCCCGAGAACCCUUUUAGUGAUCGGAACCGUUUCCUCAACCAAAACGCACUUGCCGGACACGUUGAGGAACAGGCCAUGUCCGACCACGCCUUCAAGGCACAGCACCUCACGCAUGCUGUUCUCGGGUAUUCCGCAAAUCCAUCCAUGGACCCAAGUGCUCCGGCGAUCGUCGGCUCCCUAGACAAAGCCCGCGAGAAUGGAUUCGCUACCAUUGACUCUCUCAGAACAACUAGGACUCAGAAGAGGGAACUUAAGCGGAAACGGAAAGACAAGGGUGACGUCGAUGUUGUUGACGGUGAGGGUGCCUACGUUGGCCCGUGGGCAUCCUGGGACGAUGAACAGCAGGUCGGAUUCCUCGACGGUGUCGAAGAGGUACCAGAAGGCCAAACCGAAGAGGCAGAGGAACCAGAAUCUUCUGUUCCCCGCAAAAAGGCUAGGCCGAAACGUGGGGCCGUGGGCCAAGAAAUGUCCGUGUUCCAUGGCAAGUCCAUGACGGACUACCAAGGACGCACAUACAUGCACGCCCCCCUUGCCGAAGCUCCCCACCUCUCAAACGAGGCCGGAUCUCAGGAGACAUUCAUCCCCAAGCAAUGCAUUCAUACGUGGACGGGGCACACGCAAGGCGUGUCCGUCAUACGCCUGUUCCCGGACACAGGUCACCUUUUGCUCAGCGGAUCUAUGGACACCAAAAUCAAGCUUUGGGACAUCUACACGCAUGGAAAUUGUCUCAGAACGUUUCAUGGCCACGUUCAAGCCGUCAAGGAUGUCACCUUUUCGAACGACGGGAGGAGGUUUCUGUCUUGCGGGUAUGACCGCCAGAUGAAACUUUGGGACACCGAGACGGGCCAAUGUCUUCAGCGGUUUAGCAACGGCAAGACGCCAUAUGUUGUCCGGUUCCACCCCGACGACGACAAACAAAAUAUCUUCCUCGCCGGUAUGUCGGACAAGAAGAUCAUCCAGUAUGAUAUAAGUUCGGGGGAGAUUACACAAGAGUAUGAUCAGCAUUUGGGACCCGUCAACACGAUCACGUUCGUGGAUGAGAACCGCCGGUUUGUGACUACCUCGGAUGACAAAACAAUCCGGGCGUGGGACUUUGAUAUUCCAGUGGUGAUCAAGUACAUUGCUGAACCCCACAUGCAUUCGAUGCCUGCUGUCACUCUUCAUCCAUCUAAAAAGUACUUUGCGGCACAGUCCUUGGACAACCAAAUUCUUGUUUACAGUACGGAUAAUUUCCGGCAGAACCGCAAGAAACGGUUCGCUGGACACUCUGUUGCUGGGUAUGCCUGCCAGGUUGGGUUUUCGCCUGACGGGAAGUGGAUUAGUAGUGGAGACAGUACAGGAGAUGUAAUAUUCUGGGAUUGGAAGACUGGUCGAAUCAAGUCGCGGCUAAAAGCUCAUAGCAAGGUGGUGAUUGCUCACGAGUGGCUACCACAUGAGACGUCCAAGGUUGUGACGGCGUCAUGGGAUGGAUUGAUAAAGUUAUGGGACUAAUGACUGUACCGGUACACGUAUCACCUAUUAUCCAAUGCCGCAGGACAUCGUAUUAUGCAUUUGUUAGCGAAGGCAGUCGCUGAGAGAUAUUACUAUGGGAAAGCGCACUCUCGGAACCGUAAGGGGGCUUCAACGAACAGCAUGCGGGAGCGACGGCACAAGGUCGUUUCCACUGCCAUAUGCGGACAGCAGCCAUGCUCUCGCGCGGUCCCGUCGUAGUCCCGCGGCCUCCUGCAUAGUUCGCGAAUCCUUCUGCUCACAUCCCUGACCGCUGGCUGCAAAAAGUGUACCUAUUCCCUGUCCUCCUUAUUCGCUAUGGUAUUGCAUCCCCAUCCAUGUAACCAGGAAUGACCAAUAUAUGUCUUUUUGGUUG